GGCCGCGGCACGCCAAGUCCCAGCUCCCAGCAAGUUGGCGGAUUUAUGGUCUGCCUGAGCGCGUACUCCUUUCGAGUCUCUGAGGCCUCGUUUCAACUGCAAGAGGGCACCACGAUGCCACCUGGCGACCCGGUGCAAUGGAUGCGGACUGGGAUGAGUUGAGUCGUCAACUCCUCCCUCCACCGGGAGGGCAGUCGGUGCCUACCGGCGUCACCGCGCUCGCCUUCGAUUCAAGCCAGGAGCUCCUGUGGGCCGGAAACGAAUACGGCCGUGUUACAUCCUUCUAUGCAAACAAUCUUCAAAAAUACACCUCCUUCCGCGCCCACCCACCGUCCGAGGGUGCGGUGCACCAGCUGCUGUUCAAUGAGAAGGGCGUCCUCGCACUCGGCGCCCGAGGCGUCCACAUGGCUCUAAGGAGGGGACCGCCAGUAUGGCCACAUAUCAGUGCCGAAGACAUGAGAGAUCUCCGCUGCAUGAGUUUCACCUCGAAAGCAACCUCCGAAAUCCUCGUCGCCGGCGUGCAAGAUACAAUGUUUGUGAUUGACACAAACAAGGGGGAAAUAGUGAAACGAAUACCCACCGCACACCACUACAUCAAGAUGAAAAAGGGCCGCUACAUAUGCGCAGCUACAACCGACGGCAACGUCCACAUCCUCGACCCCGUCAAGUUCAGCAUCAUACACAAAUGGCGCGCUCACUCUGCCUUCAUAAAUGACAUGGACGUCCAGCAGGACUUUGUUGUCACCUGUGGUACCUCGCUUAAGCAACCCGCGGGUACUUAUAUGCUCGACCCCUUUGUCAUGGUCUUCGAUCUUAAGAAUCUUGCCACCAUGCCUCCUAUACCCUUCCCCCCGCUGGCUGCCUAUGUCCGUAUGCAUCCGCGCAUGCUCACCACAGGAAUAGUGGCUUCCCAGGGUGGCCAGAUGCAUGUGGUGGACCUCCUGAACCCAAACACUAGCAAUGUACGCCAGGCGAAUGUCGUAGGCUCGGUACUUACAGGAAUAGAAAUCGCACCAUCAGGCGAGGCCAUCGCGUUGGCCGACACUGGAUGUAAUAUGCACCUCUGGGGCUCUCCUUCCAAGUGUCACUUUGUCGAGCUGCCACAGCCCACUGAAUGGCCAGAUGACGAGGUGCCACCUCCCCAUAUUGACUGGAAAGACAAUACGCCACUGAACUCCAUCGGCAUGCCCUACUAUCGAGAGGCACUCUCAUCAGCCCUUCCAAACACCUCCAUCUCAGAUGUCGGAGCUCCUCCUCCCAGGUUCGCGCAAAAUGAUCUAGCCCAUCUCACGAAAGCUGCCUUUGGUUUCUACGGUCCAAAUACCCGGGGAAUACGCCGGAAUCAGAUCCAGGACACACGGGUUGCUGACAAGACCACCCUUGCUAUACGAGCACCCAAGUUCCUCAGUGAAAAGGCCAGAGAUGCGACCAAGGUAUCGAGCAGCAAGACUGCCCCGGACGGGCAGGUCGACAUGGCCGUGGGCUCGCUGGGUACCACUGAGCUGGAAAGUCUGCGUCUGGAUGUCCCGGCUCUAUAUCAAAAUGUUGAGAUCUCAUUCAGCAAGUAUGGCGUGGACGACUUCGACUUCGGGUUCUACAACAUGACCCGAUAUGCUGGCUUGGAAAACCACAUUGCGAACUCAUACGCAAAUUCCCUCCUUCAGGUCUUGCAUUUCACGCCAUUGGUUCGAAAUCUCGCUCUCCAGCAUGCGGCGACGGAUUGCUUGAGCGAAAUGUGCCUGCUCUGUGAGCUUGGCUAUUUGUCGGAUAUGUUGCAGAAGACCGAGGGCUCAUCAUGCCACGCGUCGAAUCUCUUGAAAUGCUUGAGCAACCAUCCACCGGCAUCUCGUCUUGGCCUUUUGGAGGAAGACUCGCGGCAAGGCUCUCUGACCAAGAUGAUGCAGCAGCUCACGAGGUUUCUGCUUCAGACCAUGGCGGACGACUACCGUACCAAGUCCCCUACCCCGACCGCGAUGCAGGAGAUUCUCGCUACUUCUGCUCUCACUACGAUCAAAUGUUUGAACUGCGGAAAUGAGACCAGCCGGUCGGGCUCAAAUUACGUGACGGAUCUGACGUAUCCGAUGACCAAAGGCCGCGGAAGCCUUUCAACCAAGACCACCUUCUCUCAAGUGUUGAAAAACAGCGUCGAAGGAGAAGGGGCCAUGAAAGGCUGGUGUAUCCGUUGUAAUCGGUACCAGUCCCUGCAGGCCCGCAAGACUAUCCAAGGAAUUCCUUCAGUAUUGACCCUGAAUGUCCCAGUCGCGGAGCACCGCGACAGCGAGCUCGAACAGAGGAUGUUGUGGGCAAACCCAGGGUGGCUUCCCGAGGAGAUCGGUAUCAUAGUAGAUAACGGCUCCUUCUUUUGCUACCAAGGCGAGGACCUGAAACUACACCUCCAACGCGGGGUGCACAAUAUCCAGGUCUACUCGCUCAUCGGCCUGUCGGUCAACAUUGAGAGCGGGUCACCUCAAAAACCACACCUUGCGGCCCUAUCGCCAGUGAGCGUCGAUACUGGGUCAAACCAUAAACCCCACCUUGUUGCCAUGGUCAACGUUGCUCAUGCCGAGCCAACGCCUCCAGGAGACAGCCAGUGGCAUCUCUUCAACGACUUCUCCGUCAAGCCAAUCUCAGCUGCGGAGGCUCUUACCUUCAAUUCAAGGUGGAAGAUGCCGUCCGUGCUUGUGUACCAGCUGAAGACUGCAAACAACAACCUUGACACCGAGUGGGUCAAGAACAUUGACACCUCGGUGCUGCACUUCGAUUUCAGGCCCGACGCACCAGAGCACCCGUAUCGCACACUCGACCCAGUCCUUGAACGACCGGGGCCCGAGACUACGGUGGCCCUUGAUACGGAGUUCGUGCUGGCCAAACAGUCAGAGGUGGAGAUGAAAUCGGAUGGCGUUAGAGAGGUCAUCCGGCCUAAUUUCCACGCGCUGGCCCGUGUCUCUAUUGUGCGCGGUGAAGGCGAGGACGAGGGCCUGGCCUUCAUAGACGACUGGAUCCAAGUCAGGGAGCCGGUCAUCGACUACCUGCACAGCUACUCAGGCAUCAAACCGGACGACCUGGACCCGCGCAACAGCAAGCACUGCCUGGUGUCCCUGAAGGUCGCAUACAAGCGCCUCUGGGUGUUGUUGAACCUCGGCUGCAAGUUCAUCGGGCACGGCCUCAAGGGCGACUUCCGCGUGAUCAACAUCCAGGUCCCCAAGGCGCAGAUCAUCGACACGAUCGACCUCUUCUACCAGAAGAACUACAGGCGCAAGCUGAGCCUCAAGUUCCUGGCCUGGUACCUGCUCAAGGAGGGCAUCCAGGUCGACACGCACGACUCGAUCGAGGACGCGCGCAUCGCGCUCAAGCUGUACAAGAAGUUCCUCGAGUUCGACGACGCGGGCAUCACCAAGAUGAUGCUCAACGAGAUAUACCGUGCGGGAGAUGGUGUGGGCUGGAAACCCCCGGCUCCGAACGAGCAGCAGAGUCAUCAGCAGCAGGGCGUCGUGCAGAGAAGCACCACGCCUAUCUCGGAGGCGCCCUCGACGCCCGUUAGGAAAGGACUGGUUAGCAUGUCAGGGACACUCACGCCGAGCUGGUCGGCUGGUCCGGGAGCAGGAGGGUUUACGCCAAGUAAGGGCUCUCCUCUCAAGUAAGUGGAGACAAGGGGUUGCAUAGACGAGUACAUAGAUAUCACACAAAUGAGCAGAAGGUCUUUUUUAAAAA